AUGUUGGACGCUGAUCCACAACCAUCACCCAUGGUUUCUUCUUUAAAGCUCACUGUUGAUGCUUCCAUUGCUUAUCCUGAUCCAACUUUGCAUAGACAAAUCGUGGGGGCCCUUCAAUACCUGAUCUUAACCAGAAUAAACAUGAACUACGUAGUAAACAAAGCGUGUCAAUACAUGUAUCACCCCCAGCUUCCCCACUGGCGUGCAGUUAAACCUGUUCUUCAUUACUUUGUUGGGACUAUCACUCACGGGCUUCACAUCACUCCAUCCACCAACACUAACCUAUGUGCUUUCACUGAUGCCGAUUGGGGUUCAGACCCAGAUGACCAAAAAUCCAUUACAGUUUAUUGCAUCUUCAUGGAUUCAAACCUUUUUUUUGGCUUUCAAAGAAACAAAAAGUUGUUUCCAAAAGCUUUAAUGAGGCAGAAUACCUGA